AUGUCUGCUCGUAUAAAGAAGUCAAAGCAGACUCAACAAGUUGCCGAAAAGUUGGCAACCCCUAAAAAGAUUGAACGUUCAAGCACUUCAUCCACCGCAAUAAACAACCCUGUACAAUCCAACGAUACAGAAUAUCGCUCUCCAAGCCCACUUAACAUCUCAAGAGUUGACGAGAAAGAGGAGCUAGCUCAUCUUAACGAUCGUCUUGCCUCUUAUAUCGACUAUGUGCGCAAAUUGGAACGCGACAAAGAAAGUCUCACUCGUCGUAUUUCGACUAUCACCGAAGAACGUCUGGCUAAAGUUGACAGUGCUCGCAGCACUUAUGAGAACGAAAUCCAAUCCCUUCGUCGCCUGGUUGACGAUCUUGCCAAAGAUAAGGCUGCUCGUGACGUUGAGUUGAAAAAACAUAUGGAUGAUGCUUCAGAUGCUAAAUCAAAACUGAACAAACGCGACGCUGAGUUACGUAAUUUGCAACGCAAAUAUGACGCUCUUGAACGUGAUAUUGGAACUUACAAGGCUGAUCAUGAACGUUAUCAGAAGCUCUUGCCGGAGUUUGAGCACCUUGAGAAGAAUUUAGAAGCAGCUAAGGAAGGUCUGAAAGCUGAGACCAUCCUUCGCACUGAUUUGGAGAAUAAAGUUGCUUCACUUCGUGAGGAAUUGGAUUUCAAAGACCGUCUUUUCCAAGAGGAGAGAUCCAAACUUGUUAUGCGUUCGCUGACAGUGGAAGAAGAGGUAGCAGAGACUAAAGCCAAGGAAUUUGAAUCUCGACUUGCUGACGAAUUGCAAGCUUACCGGGAGAGUGCAAAUGAGGAACUUGAGCAGUAUCGUAUUCAAAUGGAAUCUACUUUCCAGAAAAAAUUGGAACAGUUGCAAAAGGCAAACGAAGAAGCUAAUAGAGAUGGCGGGCGUCUAAAUGAGGAGCUGAUUACAAUGCGUCGCAUGAAUGACGACCUUUCACACGAGUUGGCUAGAAAGUCCCGUGAGGUGGAGUUGCUGCAUAGUCGUAUCGCAGAUCUGGAAAAACUCCUUAACAAAGCCCAUGACGAUUAUCAAGCUCAAUUAGCUGCUGAAAGGGAAGAGGUCAAACGACUCAGAGCAGAGUUAGAGCAACGUUUUGCUGAGUUUACUGAUUUGAUGAACACGAAAAUUGUUCUCGAUCAAGAAAUUCUCAUGUACCGCAAAAUGCUCGAAGGUGAAGAGUCUCGCUUGAAUCUCACUUCUCCCAAACGCCACAGUGCCUUUGGCGGUGCUUUUAUGGGUGUCAAAAAGAGACGACUGGAUUCGGGUGAUGGUUUUGAUGAAGAAUCGAAUUCAAAUGGCAGCCAGACUGCCAUUCGUGUCUCAACUUCCGCUGUAGGCUCAAUUGAAUUCUCUGCCGAUCAAGAUAGUUCCGGAAACUGGAUCAAGCUGAGCAAUGUUGGAAAGGAGGACAUCAACAUUGGGAACUGGGUACUUAGACAUAAGUCUGAUGGUGAGGAAGUGACUUACAAGUUCGGUCGAAAUGUUACCCUCAAACCCGGCACUCCCUGCAUUGUUUGGAGCGUCGAUGCAGGCGCUACUCACAACCCUCCAGAAGACAUUGUAAUGAAAAAUCAACGUUUCCAUGCUGGCGCCAACACUACCGUGACACUUACGAAUGAAAAUGAGGAGGAACAGGCCUCCUGCUUGAUUGUUCGUGAAUCCCGUCCGAAACUUAUUCCAAGGCGUUUUCGAGCUGGCGCGGCAAGAGGCGAAGAAGUUGCAAAAAUGUCAUCACGAAGUAAGAGACCUACUCAAGCCUCAGAAACCACCGCGACGACUUCACGACGAACUAAUGUCACCGCUACAUCUGCUUCUUCGUCCGCCGAAGGUCAUCGACAAAGAUCAGUUAGUCCCCUCAACAUAUCUCGUACCGAAGAAAAGGAAGAGUUAGCAGAACUGAAUGACCGUCUCGCAUCCUAUAUCGACUACGUUCGCAAACUCGAGGCUGAUAAGGAUAGUCUCAAACGCAAAAUAAGGACAUUUACUGAAGAGCGGAUGAGCAAGCAUGACGAUUCGCGUAACACAUAUGAGUCAGAGAUCGCUUCCUUAAGAAGACUUGUUGAUGACCUUGCCAAGCAAAAAGCCGCUGCAGAUGUUGAGGCCGAGAAACUUAAAGAUGAUGCCAAGACGGCUCAAUCUAAACUCGCUAAACGCGAAUUGGAUGCCCGCAACCUUCAACGACGUGUUGAGGCCCUAGAACGCGAUAUUUCCGCCUACAAGCAUGAUCAUGAUCGUUAUGAGGCCCUUAAGCCGGAAUAUGAUGCUCUAGAGAAGAAAUGCACUGAUCUUCGACGAGACCUUGAUGCUGAGACUGUUCACCGCAGUGAUCUCGAGAAUAAAGUUGCGGGAUUGAAAGAGGAACUAAAAUUCAAGAAUCGAUUGUUAGAUGAGGAGAGAGCGAAGAUUAUUGAAAAAACUAUCAUGGUGGAGAGUGAGAUUGAGGAUAGGAAAGCUGCCGAAUAUGAAUCAAAACUCUAUGACCAACUGCAGUCUUAUCGUGAUCAAACGGCUGAGGAUUUGCUAACUUAUAAGAUUGAGAUGGAACAUACAUUUGAGAACAAGUUAAACCAACUCCGCGCCGCCAAUACAGACGCUUCCAAAGAAACUAGCCGUCUUCGAGACCAACUUCUGAUUUAUCGCAAACGUACCGAUGAUGCUGAGCAUGAGUUAAAGAAGAAGGAUGCUGAAUUGGAACUCCUCAAACGCCGAGUUGAUGAAUUGGAACGUCUACGCCGACAGGAGCGUGAGGAUUAUGAAAGAAGUUUAGCUGCACAGCGAGAUGAACUUGCACGUCUUCAACGUGAAUUGGAAAUCCGCUUUUCCGAGUUUACUGAUCUGAUGAAUACUAAAGUCGCAUUGGAUCAGGAAAUUCUUAUGUACCGAAAAAUGCUUGAAGGCGAGGAAUCUCGUCUCAACAUUUCAACAUCGCUUCGAGGACCAUCCACAGGUUCCAAACGCCGACGUCCAACUUCGGCAGUCAUUGAAGAGGAAGAUGACGAUGGUAUUCACUCUACUUCCACAAGUUCUCUUAUCAGCGGUGGAGAGGGUCGCUUCCCUCGAGUCACUUAUCGAGUCGCCACCAACUCAACUAGCAACAUCGAGUUUGCCGCUGAUCAGGGUGAACUCGGAAAAUGUGUGAAACUCGUUAACACCUCAGAUGAGGAUACCAACAUAGGAAACUGGACUCUAAAACAGACUGUUGACGGCCAUGGAGUUACCUUCAAGUUUCCUCGGUCCCUCAUUCUUAAACCCGGAGCCUCAUGUCAGAUUUGGAACAGUGACGCUGGUGCUACAAAUGAUCCACCCAAAGAUUUGGUGAUGAAAAACCAGAGCUUCAAAAUGGGCGCCAAUAUAACUUUCUCUCUAAUUAAUGCUGAUAAAGAGGAGCAGGCGAAUUGCCAAAUCACCCGGGAGACUGUUGGUACUGCUGCUCGUUUUUCUCGUUCACAUUCAAGCUUACAAUCUGAUGAGGUAGGUGAUCAAUACUAA